AUGUUCUUUAUUCUAUGUCUAAUUUUAUUGCAAAAGUUCGUCUUUCUCUCUUUUCUUCUCAAAUAUCCUCGUUCGUUUUCCUUAUCUUGUGACACCUGUCUCACAUCUUUUUCUAAUUUCUCUUUUUUUCAGAAAUUUCUCUAUUUUCAUUCUCUCAUUAUCUACGUAUUACAAUUUCUUUCUGCUCCAUAUUUUCACCUUUCCAGACACUCUUCUGUUCUCCAUCUCUUUGUUUGUCUCUCUUCUUUAUUUUUCUUUUUCCCUCUUGAGGUGGAAGAGAGCCAUCAAAUAAAGCUGUCUUUUACCACACCUCCAAAAGAUCUCAUUCUCACUCUACUUCAUCUCCACCAGGGAAUUUGCGUCCAUCUCACGAGUGUGGCGACAGUGUCGUCGGCAGCAGCGACGUGGUCGCUGAUAUCCCUCAAAUUGCACGCGAAUCUAACUGACCCUGACUUCCCGGUGAGAGGAAAAGAGACGUACGGAGUUGAACGAGCGACGGCGCCCGUCUCCUAUGCGGGCAAAAUAUUUCAUAUAACUGUCAGAGGAGACUACUUUUCGCUAGCCAGGCAUUCCCGCUUCUGCAACCAAAUACCCGCUCGUAAAGGAGGAACGAAUGAACGUAAAACCCCGAUGAAACGUGGUACCCGCGAUACAUCUCACCUACCAAACGCCAAACCUCAAGAAGUGAGGACGGGUGACGCGAUGCAAUUUCGAAACUGGAAACUUACAUUCUCGUUAGAUCUAUCGUCACGGGACGGUAGUGGCCCUUCAGCUGAUUCAACUAUGGAAACAUUGUCACUACUCUUACUUAUGUUAGGCAUUUCUCUUCAAGUAACAUUCCUUUAUUCUUCCUAG